CAAUACUCACAUAUUACUUAUCGGAUUAUAAUUGAGAUAAACUAAAGUCGCUUAGUGAUUUACUUCUUAAAAAUGGAAGCCAUGGGAGAAUGGACCACUGGCCUAGGCGGAAUGUAUACAGAAGAAGCUGACUUCAUGAAUCAGCUCCUUGCCUCCUAUGAGCAACCUUGUGGCGGUUCAUCUUCAGAGACAACUGCCACACUCGCAGCCUACCACCACGGCCAGGGUUCUCAGUGGACUGGCGGCUUUUGCUUCUCCCAGGAGAGCAGCAGCUACAGUGGUUACUGCACGGUUGUGCCACAGCAAGAAGAAGACGAUAAUAGGAUGGAGGACUCGACGAUCAACACGGACUUGUACCUAGUUGGUGAAGAGACGUGUGAAUGUGACGUGGCCGAAUACUCCCGUAAGGGCCUCUGGCCUUUGGAGAAUGCUGAAGAAAGCCACGACCAUAGUGUGCUCCAGUCUGAGAACUCCCUGACAACGACCACAACUGAUGAGAAAUUGUUAAGACCAUGCGAGAGUUCAAAGAAGAGGAUGCGUGCCACAUCAACUGAUAAGAACAAGAGAGCCAACAAGAUGCGGAGGAGGCAGAAAGGCGUAGAGAUGAGUGGCGAUAAUGACAAUAGCGGUGAAGAAGAAGAUACGGAGAAGGCUGCAGGGGAGAGAAAGACCAAACCGUCUAAGCCGCAAUCGACUUGUUGUUCGGAUGAUGAAUCAAACGGUGGAGACACUUUCUUAUCCAAAGAAGAUGGCGAGGACUCAAAGGCUCUCAACCUCAACGGCAAGACUAGGGCCAGCCGCGGCGCUGCCACAGAUCCUCAAAGCCUUUACGCAAGGAAAAGAAGAGAGAGGAUAAACGAGAGGCUAAGGAUUUUGCAAAAUCUUGUCCCUAAUGGAACAAAGGUCGAUAUUAGCACGAUGUUGGAAGAAGCAGUACAAUACGUCAAAUUUCUACAGCUCCAAAUUAAGUUAUUGAGCUCUGAUGAUCUAUGGAUGUACGCGCCCAUUGCUUACAACGGGAUGGACAUUGGCCUUGACCUAAAACUCAAUGCACUAACCAGAUGAUUCAAGAGACACCUUCGGAUUUUUUUAAUUCUAUAUAUAUAUAUAUAUAUAUUUUUUCUAUACAUAAUAAUCUAAUAAGCGAGAAAUAGUCACCUUUGACGUUUUAUACUCUAAUAUUAUUUUAAUUUUGCAUGUCGAGUUAUGUCCAACAUUUUUUUUAUUCUUACGCAUAUAUUAA